CUUAUGAAUCCAUAAUAAUAUAUUAUCAAAUAUUAAUAUUGAGUUCAGUAUAGUAAUAACUUAAUUAGUUAUCAGAGUAUUAAUAAAUAUGAAAGGCUAUAAGAUCACUAAUUGUGCACAAGAUAUAAGAUAUGGUAUUGCCGGCAAUUCAUUAAAAGAUGUUUUUACUAAAGGAUGUCAGAAAUUAAAGUUAGACCAUUUAAAUGUGACUAUGAUGGUUCUUGAUGGUACAGUAAUAGAUGAUGAAGACUAUUUUCAACAACUACCAGCACAGACGUUAUUUAUAUUUCGGUUAAAUGGAGAAACAUUUGAAACAGGGGCUGAUUUAAUAUAUAAUGUGCUUGCAGCUGUUAAUAAUAAUACAUUAAAGACUUCAAUUAAAAUAAAAUCAUUUAUGGAUGAAAACAUUAAAGAAAAAAUAAGAAUAUUAUCUUCAGUUCUGGAUGUAGAUGAUGAAAGUAAUAAAAAAAAAAAUAUCAGUAGUCUAAGAUUAAAAGACCCUGAUUGGUUUCAAGGAUUGGAAACUAGGGCAAGAACAAAAGAAGAAUUCAUGUUCAAACGAUGCCAAGAACGAAUUCGAAGUUACAUGUACAAAACAAAAUCUGAUAUGAUUAAGUCAGAAUUUUACAUAAAACAUGCAAAGUGCAGAAAGUACUUGGAUGAAGUAUUUAAACAAUUCAGUGAACUUUUAACAAAAAACAAAUAUCAUGGAUAUUAUUUUGAUAGAUCAAAUACAAAUGGUUUGUGCAACGAGAUUGGAACGUUUAAAUGCGAGGGAGCAUGGAAUCAAUCUAGUUGUUCUUAUGAACGUGGUACUGGUCACAAGAUCAAUCCAUACCAAAACAGAGAGUGUAGAAUUAUAUUUUCUACUUGGAACUUAGACCAUUGGGUGGAGAGAUCUAGAACUGUAAUACCAGCACUGUUUGAAGCCAGUAAAAUGGCAUCUGAAGUUCACCGUUCAAUAAAUAUGAACUAUUUCUAUGAAUUGCUCUUUACAACAGUUAAUCUUAAACUCGUACAUAUUGUAUGUCAUGACAAAGGUCAACAUAGUACUGCUAAAUGUGAUCCAAACUUGUAUUUACAAUAUAAAAAGGUGAUUCAUAGUUUCUCGUAUGUUGAUAAUUGUUUAGUGAAUGAUUUCAAUAAUUGAUCAAAACAAAAAUAUAUAAAUAGUUAAUAAUUAUGUAUUGACAUACUUGUUGUGGAAUAAUGGGUUUUCAUGGACAUCUAAGAUCAACAAUAAAUCUGGCUCUUGAAAAACUAAAUUGGCUUAUCAGGAAGUUUUUGUAACUAGUUUUGUAUUUUUUAAUCCUAUGAUAAUAUUAUUUUUCUAAAAAAUAAUUUGUAAUAAAUGACUGAUUAGUAAUAUUCCCGUUUUUAUAUUUCUAUGUAAUCUUCUACUAUCUUUAGUUUCAAUAAAAUAUAAUGUAAA